AUGCGUUUUCAACAGACCUGUGCCGCCCUAAUGGGUUUGGCAUCGCUUGUGGCUUCAGCACCCACUCCUGAGCAAGAUAUACAGCCCGUCGAGCGUGGACUGAAGUGGCGCACAAGAGCCCAGAAGCGAAACCCUCUCACUAUCAUCCAAGAGGUCCAGGAGACGACCAUCACUAUUAUUGAAGAAAACCUCGACGAGAUUGCGGCCCUUGAGCAGGUGGCAGAGCAACAAUUCGCCGCCCUCGUCCAGGCACAAGUUGCUCUGAUUACUCAGCUCGAGGAUAUCAAGAAUAACAUUCGGAUCAACCACUUCAAGGCGAAGUUCAGUCAAGUCAACGUUGUCAUCAUUUCAGUAUCAACAUUGAUCGAUGCUCGAGCUGAUAAAGGCGACCAGAAGCGCUACAUGGUGAACCAAGUCUUAGCGGACAAUGGAAAGCCAGAUCAGGAAAUGGUAGUGAUGGUAAACGACGGAGCCACCAUGACUAUUGGCGCCGCCCAGACAGCGUCUCCCGAUCAGGCCAGUGCUGCCUCAGCUCCCACUGCUUCUCCCGCCAUCGCAGGCUUUGACGUUGCCGCACCAUUCGGUCAGCUCAACCAGAGCGUCAUCCUGCCGGCCGGCGCCGCAGCCCCUGCCAUUGACUUGGUUUUCGAGGAUCCCGCUGCCAUUAUUCUGCCAAAUCAGAACAACUUGUUCGUACAAAGCGCCGACAGCUUCCUAUCCGACUCUAUCUUUUACCAGAGCAACGGUAACAGCUUCCUGGACCAGGCCGCGCAAAUUUUCGAGUCUUUCGAGCAAUUGGCUGCCGCGCAGGCUGCCGCUAUCAUUAUCAACGGAGAGGCAGCCGCUGCACCGCCCGCUGAGGAGACUGCUCCUCCCGCCGAGACGACUGCUCCUGCAGCUGAUCCGGCCGUAGAACCGCCUGCUGAAGUAGCACCUCCCGCCGAAACAACUGCUCCGGCAGCUGAUCCGGCUGUGGCACCACCUGCUGAAGUAGCAACUCCCGCCGAAACAACUGCUCCGGCAGCUGAUCCGGCCGUGGCACCACCUGCUGAAGUAGCAACUCCCGCCGAAGCAACUGCUCCGGCAGCUGAUCCGGCCGUGGCACCACCUGCUGAAGUAGCAACUCCCGCCGAUACGACGGCUCCGGCAGCUGAUCCGGCCGCGGUACCACCUGCUGAAGUAGCAACUCCCGCCGAUACGACUGCUCCGGCAGUUGAUCCUGCUGCUGCUCCAGCCGAGACGCCUGUUCCGACCGCCCCUGCUGCAGUUGAGGCAACUCCGGCACCUGCACCGGCACCGGCAGCGUGA